CCCACAGAGCAGUCGCAGCCAUUUUACUCCGCCAAAUAAACUUCAAUCUCAUUGCUGGAGGAAACAAAAUCACACAGGACGACGUUGUUGUCAUUAUGGAUAAAUCGCAAUGAACGUCAUCUCGGACGUCCGGGGAUUUCCGGGGUUACCUUGUUCCACCCCACUGCAGGCUAUACUCUUUGGUAUCAGUUCUAUCUAAUGUUGUGGCUGGUAGUGAUGGGUCGUUCGCGAAAGAUCCAGCUCCUCCAGCCGGCUCUGAAGUAAACGAUCAGGUAGCAACCUCACUCAACCUAAAGGACUGCGACCUACGUACCUGCCGCUUCCUUGGGACAUCUUCGUUAUCCCCAAUUUUCUCCUGAAGCAGGAUGGAGUCCCAGUCUUCCCUGGGGCACCUCGUGUCAGAAGGGAUGUGUCUGCUGGUUCCCAGUCCCCAGAGUGAAGCAGUGACCCAUGACAUGGAGGAGUUGUCACUGCAGCCCAACCAGGGCCUGCUGCCGCUCAACGAACGCAAAAACGUUCUGCAGCUGAGACUUCAGCAAAGACGAACUCGUGAGCAGUUGGUGGAUCAGGGCAUCAUGCCACCCCUCAAGAGUCCGGCUGCAUUCCAUGGGCAGAUUCGCAGCUUGGAGAGAGCCAGGACGGAGAAUUUUCUUAAACACAAGAUCCGCAGUCGUCCAGAGAGAGCAGAACUGGUCAGGAUGCACAUCUUGCAAGAGACUGGAGCUGAGCCGUCACUACAGGCCACCCAGAUGAAGCUAAAGAGGGCCCGAUUGGCUGACAACUUGAAUGAGAAAAUUGCCCAGAGACCUGGUCCCAUGGAGCUUGUAGAGAAGAACAUCAUACCUGUGGAUUCCAACCUUAAACAGGUCAUAAUAGGACAGGUGAAUUAUCACAAAGUCUUGGAUGAGGACAGUAGUGAUGCCCUGUCCCCAGAGCAGCCCGCCAGCCAAGAAUCUCAGAGCUCUAUCCCCUCACCUGUGGAGGGCAAAGGCCCAGAACCCCCAUCUCCAGCUCCACUUCCUCCUAGUAUCCUGAAGUCCCACCCAGCUGCUAUACAAUCCACUACCGACAAGAUCAAGGUAAUUGCUACUAAUGAGCAGCCUGCAAGCCGCCCAGCCAUUUCUCCGGCUCAACCAGUCACUCCAGUCACUCCCUCCAAGCCGGGCCCAACACUGGUGAAACAAAGCCAGCAGAAGCUGCCUUCUGAGAAGAGCCGCAGUAAAAAAGGCAAGGAGGCCAAGCCCAGAGUGAAAAAGCUCAAGUACCACCAGUAUGUUCCACCAGACCAGAAGCAGGAGGCCUGUGAGUCCCAGAUGGACUCCUCCUAUGCCAGACUUCUACAGCAACAGCAGUUGUUCCUCCAACUGCAGAUCCUCAGCCAGCAACAGCAGCACUACAACUAUCAGACUAUUUUACCGGCCCCACUCAAACCCGUAACAGAGGGCCAGAGCGGCAGUCCUAACGCCCUACCGACCUCCAUCGUUGUUUCUUUGCCCACUGCACCUCCGCCGCCCCCAAUGCCUCUGGCACGGCAGAACAACUCAUUAUUGAACCGCAAGCCCGGAGUCCUGCCUGCCAACCUGGAGGAGAUGAAGGUGGCUGAGCUUAAGCUGGAGCUAAAGCUGCGUGGCCUCCCGGUGUCAGGAACUAAAACUGAUCUGAUAGAAAGACUGAAGCCUUUCCAGGAUAGUCCCAGUUCCUCUGCUUCGGCCACUAUUCCCUCACCUGCCACAACCACUCUCACCGCCGUCCCCAUGGAGAUCAUCACCACCACUACCAGUCCUGCCGUUGCCCAUCCACCCCAGCAGCUGGCCUCUGAGAUCAUAAGCUCGACACCUCCAGUCUCCCCCACUCCGAGUGAUCCCUUCACCUUCCAGCAGGAUGUAGGCAUGUCAGAGGCUAAUUGUGAGCCACAGUUGUUAUGCCCAGCAGGACCAGGGACCACGCCUCUCCCUUCCUUCCCUGUCCCAGAGAAGGACAGGAGGCUCCAUGAGAAGGAGCGACAGAUUGAAGAGUUAAUGAGGAAGCUUGAGCAGGAGCAGAAGUUGGUGGAGGAGCUGAAGAUGCAGCUGGAGGUAGAGAAGAGGAGUCAGAGCAGCUGUACAACAGACUCACAAUCUUUUGCCUCCAACCUCACCACAGUUUCAUGUUCUCUAAAUCCUGUUAAACUGGAGAAACCAGUCGUGUCAAACUGCUCUCCAGCUUCCUUUCCUAACUCUAUCUUGGGCUCCCAGACUCUCACAAACCCGCUGCAAACUGUGGUAAAGUUGGAGGACGUGACUGUUUGUUCUGGCAAACCCAUCCAGCUGCAGCCUCAAACUCAGCUUAUCACACAUAGCCAGGCCCAAGUAACCACCAGCCCACAGCCUGUCCACCAGUCCCAGAGAAGCCCCAAACUCAAAACCCAGCCGCAAUCCAAACCCACCGCCCCCAGCCUGCAGCAGUUCUUUGUCAGCCACCCUGGUGGGGUGUCGCAGGUGCUCGGUCAACCCCAGACCUUGCUAACGACAUCUGGUCAACCCCAGACUCUACUGACCACAACUGGCCAGACUGGAACUCAGAUUCUGCUCCCUGUGUCACUGGCCAACAACACAACCACCAUCCAGCUGCCGAGCACGACUGUCAGCCUGCAGCCUCUCCUUCAGGCAACUGUCUCAAAUCCAGGCCUCGUCCAGGCCUCCAUUCCGCAGCUGCAGACAACCAAGAUGGAGACAUCCCCCAGUCAGCAGUUAGCCAACCACAACUCAUUGCUGCAGACUUUAACAAUGUCCAAUAAUAUGAUUGACCUGGAGAACCACACAAGGCCUGAGAUAAAUCCCCAGUGUUUCUUGAGGAACUCACCAGAGAGCAGGGCCUCUCCUCGGGCCUCGCCCAAUCACAUCUCUAAUGGGCCACUCAACAAGUCUUCCCCUGCAUCCCAGCCGACCUUGAUCCUGCAGCCUGCAUCUUUGCUUUCUCAGCUUCCCAAGACAAGAGAGCCUCCUCGCUAUGAAGAGGCCGUCAAACAGAGCCGCAACAUGCACAUAAACAGUGUUUCACAGGCUCCCACGGCAACCAGUCAGCAGAUGGAUGACCUGUUUGACAUUCUCAUACAGAGUGGAGAAAUUACUCCAUUUAUCCAGCAUGAGCCUCCAAUGUCUCUCACUAAGAGCCACCCAGUCACAGCCAACAUCACCACCCUUCCAGUCAACACCGCCCUCUCCAGGCACCCUCCACAGAUCCAGGUGGCCCCUCCUCCCACGCUGAGUCCCGCCAUCGACCCCAGCCUGCCCAACCUCUCCUCGCUGGCCACUGACAAUCAGCUGGAGGCCUUCCUGGAGAGGACGCUGACCGACACGCCGUCUGCAUCGGACCCGCGCACCCAAGGCCUGGUGGAGGAGCUGCAGGCACAGCUAAUGGACCAGCAGCCCUACUCGCCCAUGGACACAUCCGACCUGUCCUUCUGCGACUCCUCUCCCCCCUCCUCACUCAACAUGGGCCUAUCUGACCCAGUGCUGGACAACAUGGAGUGGUUGGACCUCACCAUGCCCCCAGGUCCAGGUGCUCUCACGCCCCUUGGGAUCCCUACGGACUUCCUGGACUCGCAUGACCUGCAGUUGCACUGGGAUUGAUGCAUGAGUGCAAGAAGCUGGAGAAGAGAAGCUGAGUAGAGGUAGAGAAGAAAGAAACCCAAAGCAUCAGUAAUAUUCCCACUACACCACAGUAAGAGCCUCUGUACAGGCAGUGCACUGAUUUACUUCAAGCAGGAGUUUGCACAGCUUUAAAUGAUGUCAUCACUUAGGUGGUUGCGAUAACGUGUAGGAUUGCGAUUGGGUAAAAAAGGGUUUGAAAUAUGGAUCUGACUGUUUUAGAGGCUGAUGUCAUGAUUGUUUAAAAUGCCAGGAAGAGGCGGAGCCAGAUGAGUUUUGGUAGCAUGGACUAUAUCCUGGCUCAUAUCCAUCACUAAAAUCAUCAGUGGUCACUGCUAUGUAAUGUCAGGUCACUGUAACACCGUGACAGUGGGGCCUGUGAAAGUAAUAAACCAUCAGGCGAUAUUGACCCCUUCCAGACUCGAUCACUGAAGCUCUGGAGAGAUUAGGCCUAAUCCAUCCUAUCGUGCAUGUUUUGCUGACUAAUCUGAUAUGCUCUAUCAGAUGUGACUUGUUACAGCUGUCACCACGCUGGUGAACCAAUGACUACAUCACGAACAAAAGACUACAAGCGUAGGGCGAGGGAGGACGCUCUGAUGACGUGAGAGCUAUGCACUAAAGAGGUCUGGCGUGGCUGCGCUCACCUCAGAACUGGGUAAUGUGAACUCUGCAUAUCACAAGUUGCUACGAAACGAUUGAUUGCGGUCACCGCCACACGGGAUCACAAGGCGGAUCGUCUUCAGAGUUUUGUCGCCGAGUGUCUUUUAUUUUUUGAAUGUAUUCUGCAAAGAUGACAAAAAAAUCUGAUUUUACUCGUAAUAGCGGCAGCUUUUGUAACAGUGGAAAGGGAACACAUUCAUACAUAACAUUUUAAGUGUGGAUUAAACAAGGCACAUCAAUCCAUAGCUUAACUGUACUGCAGUAUCCCCGCACUGUGUGUGUGCGUGUGUGUGUGUGUGUGUGGGUCCACCAUCAAGUCAUGUGACCAAGCAUCAUUUGCAGGAAUGACAAUACAGUGGAACCUCUAAGGUUGAAAACAAUGGUACAAUAAUCCCUCGUUUAUCGCAGUUAAUCGGUUCCAGACCCAACCGUGAUAAGUGAAUUUCUGCCAUGUAAGUACUUCUACUUUAAAUGGAAUAUUUCCGUAGUUAUGGCAUAUAAAACCUGUUUACGGCCUUCUAAAUACAGGUUUUAACAUGAUUAGAGCUCUCUAGACAUGAAAUUACAUCACUAUAAUCAUCUUUACACUCAUAAUAAUCAUUAUAGUAGAUAUAAUCUAUAUUGCUUUUUAUGAGCCAUUUUAGACAUAAAUAAUGUAUAAAAUAUAUAAAUAACUCGUGUUCGUUGCAAUAAAUGUGUUUUGUAUGUGUGGACAGGAAGUGACGACGAGGGUUCAGAGUUGAGUUUUAGCAGGAUUAUGGUCACAAUAUUGAAUAUCGCUCCCUCACUCUUGCUGUUAUUCAAAAAUGCUGUUUUGUGGUUGAUUAUGGCCCCUUAGUUCUAUGUAGUAUUCUGGCCACGAGGUGUCAGUAACACAACAUUGAUGAGACAUGACAUUACAUCACAUUACCAUCACACUGCAUGUGGUCAGCCAUGGCCACGUGAUACAGUGUCCAACAUGAGAGAGUGAAAAGAAGUUCUCCUCCCUUCCCGUGUGGAAGUGGUAGGUUUUUGGCUUCUUACUUUGUCUUGUCCCCACUCCGUUUGAAACCCUUUCUUAAGUUUAGAAUAAGUAAAUUGGAGGCUAACUAGCAAGCUCGCUAGUGUGCCAUGCAGCCGUGGAUGUCUAUUGUGUCCCUGCAGUGUACAUUAGAAAUGUGGUGUAAACAAAGAAUAACAGGAGUGUAAAGGUGACACAGGGGUGUUAUUUCAUAUGUACAUGGUGCUAAUAAUGGUUAAAAAAAAUGUUAUUAAUAUUGAAUCCUACUUUGUGGAAAUCCAGUUCACGAGGGACGACUGUAUAUUCAAACCUGCAAUAAAAGCCUGUUGUUCUGGCGAUCAAGUCUGGUGCUGGUAUGUUUCACCCAGUGACCAGUGUAGAAUACUGCAUAUCACAAUUUAAAGGCAUCUUCUUAAUGCCUUAUAUUUGUUUUUUGUGCCUGAAAAUGCUUAAUUGAGGCAAAAAAAAAAAUACAUAACUUGUGCUUAAAUAUGCAUAUUUUUUGUUUUCCUAAUAGGCUAUAUUCAACCACAAAACAGCAUGAUUUAUUCAUGUAUUUCUAACCAUGAUAGAGUGAAGCCAUGAAAUUAGAAAUUUGUCAUGUGGUGAGGGACGACUGUAAACGAUGUAGGCGUAGCGUUUGUGGAAGCGCACCUUCAUGCAUCGUACUGUUUAGCGUUGUCUGUCAGGUGUAAAAAGAAGUUCAUGGCUGUUUAGUAGAAUUUACAAAGGCUACCCCACUUUGUUGCCUGUCUGGAAGCUAUUGGACUAAGUGGCGUGCACUACUUGCCUGCAACCAGUAGAGGCGCUGUUGAUUCAGGCUCAAUUAGUUUGCUGUCUAAAGAACAAUAGCAUGACAUUAUUUGCAUUUUUAAUUUGGAGGUUCCACUGUAGUCUAAAAUGAGAAUGGCUGGCGAAGUCAUCUAAUUGUUGUCAAAUUCAGCUGGUGUGGCCGCGCGAGAGAGUUGCAUGAGCUUUGUGCCGUCUUCCCGUCUUUGUGCGUUUGCGUCGUCGUCUUCUUGUGCACGGCUGUUCACACGUUACGGUGUUCCACCCCUGCCUCAGCCUACUUGUGUGUGCUCGUACCAUCCAAUCCUUCGUUACCGAGGGAGGACAUAUCGACUGUUCUCUCGGCUGUUGUGUGGUCCAAACACAAAGAAGAGGGCUUAAAAUGAUUGUCUGCAUCAUAUCUAAACAUUGAGCUUUUCUUCUGUAUCUUGUUGCAUACAUUCAGUUGAGUCGUCUUACCUGAGUCAUACAAAUCACGUCUUCUGUUCUUACGUCCAUCACCACAAGAGGGCGUCGCCACUCACUGCUUUAGGUUUCCACAUGAAGACAUGAUGACGCUUAGAGGCUUUUGUCAGUGCUGUAUGCUCCUAACAGUCACACACACACACACGCUGUGCACAAAAGCACCCCGCCGGAAAAAGUUGAGCCAACCCCAGCAUUGGAUCUUACUCAUGAGUUGAUAUUCUUGUUUGUUUGUUUGUAAGGGUGUCAAAUUGAAUGCUCUGUGGCCAAAAAACGGCAUUGGAAUAUAUUAUCGCUUUUUAAUUUCUAUUUAUCACUUAUUUUCAGGUUGACAAAAACACAUAAUUGUGUUUUUUUUUGUGUGUCUGUUUUUAUUAAAAUGACUUUGGUUUGCGUUUUCUUUGUUCUAAUGAUAAUGUAUAUUUUGUUUGUGAUAUCGGCCCUCUCGGCUGCAGUGGUGCUGGUGGUGGGAGCCUCACUGGCCAGUUAAGGACAGCUCAUACUCAUACUUUACUGUAGUGAUAACAGCUGCGCCUUUUUAUGUACUGUACUUUAAUACAUAGUAAAUACAUUCAAAAGAACUACAUAGUUGCUCUUACCUUCCCCAUACUCACUGCACAGUUUAUCGCCAUGGUCAUUUUGCAAUAUGGAUUCCGACUAUUCUGGGAUGUAAAAUGAAGCACAGGCGCUCCUCCUCCACACACCCCCACCCCAUUGCCUCUUGUUUGUAUGCCAUACGUUUUGCACAUUGUGUACAUAUUUCUAUAGAUGUAAUGCAUAUUUUUAUACAUGUGUAGAAUUCAUGGGCUCUCUAUUUUGUAAAUACUACAAAAGCUGUAAUGCCUUUUAUGUGACAAUAAAAACAAAAUGGGUGUACCGUACUAUGAACGGGCUUGGUGUGCUUUUCAAAGUGUCUGAUUCAGAGUUGCACUCAAAAUACAAGAGCUGUUUGUGGCGUGUGUUGCUUUUUUACAACACCCAUUCAAAAAAGUAUGACUUUCCAUUUAAUCUUCACA